AUGUCGAUGUUUGCUACUGCUGGUGCCCGUACUCUUAUGGCCGGCCGCGCUGUCGGCUCGCGUUCGUUUUCCACUUCGAUGGCGGCGCAGAAGGAUGUGAAGAACGUCACGGUCUUCGGUGCCGGUCUUAUGGGUGCUGGUAUUGCCCAGGUGCUUGCCCACGUUGGCCAGUACAAUGUGACGCUGGCUGAUGUCACCGACAAGGCCCUAGCGAAUGGUCAGUCGAUCAUCUCCAAGUCACUCUCUCGCAUUGCCAAGAAGAAGAUGGCGGACAAGUCGCCGGAGGAGCAGCAGCAGUUUGUGAAGGGUGUGGUGGACUCCAUCAACGUGACCACGGAUGCCUCGAAGGCUGUCGAGUCCUCGGACCUUGUGAUCGAGGCGAUCAUUGAGAACAUGAAGAUCAAGCAGGAGCUCUUCAGUUUCCUGGACACCAAGGCGCCGGAGGAUGCUAUCUUUGCGAGCAACACCUCGUCGCUGAGCAUCACGGAGGUCGCUAGCUCGACCAAGCGCCCGCAGCUCUUCGGUGGUUUCCACGCGUUCAACCCUGUGCCUCAGAUGAAGCUCAUUGAGAUUGUGCGCACGAAGGACACCAACGACGACACGCACAAGUCGCUUGUCGAGGUGGCCAAGCGCAUGGGCAAGGUGCCUGUGUCGUGCAUUGACUCGCCAGGCUUCAUUGUGAACCGUCUCCUGGUGCCCUACCAGCUGGAGGCCAUCCGUCUGGUGGAGCGUGGCGUCGCGUCGCCGGAGGAUGUGGACACGGCCAUGAAGCUGGGCGCUGGCUACCCCAUGGGUCCAUUCGAGCUCGGCGAUCUUGUGGGUCUCGACACGCUGGAGCACAUUGCCAAGGGCUGGCGCGAGACGUGCGCUGGUUCGGAGCACAUGCCAGCGGACCUGGUGACCGAGUCGCCGAUGCUCGCCAAGCUGAUCCAGGAGGGCAAGCUCGGUCGCAAGACCCCGGAGAAGGGUGGCUUCUACCAGUACAACAAGUAA